UAAUUUCUUGCGAUGAGAUCUGGUUCUGGUGAGAUUCGUCCUGUGGUUUGUCACACAGAAGCUUCAUUGAUGGUCUUUGACUGUGUUUCAGCCGCAGCUCUGGGGAACCUGGUGUCUGAUCUGGCUGGACUCGGUUUAGCAGGUUACGUGGAGGCUCUGGCUGCUCGCUUAGGGAUGCAGAUUCCUGAUCUCGCACCGAAACAAGUGGAUAUGUGGCAGACCAGAGUCACUUCACACAUGGGUAAAGCCAUCGGCAUCGCUAUCGGAUGCAUUCUGGGAAUGUUCCCGUUGCUCUUCUUAAGCGAUGAUGAAGAGGAGAAAGAGGAGAAGAAGAAGAAGAAUCACCCGAACUCAGACUGACAGACUUUUCUAUCAGCAUGACAACAUCAUUUAUAUUGGCAAAGUGAAGAAAAUCAAGCAAAAGAUGUUCAUACGGUAAACAUCAUCAGAGUAACAAAAAAAAAAAUUUAAACGACAGUAGAGUAGCUAUUACAAUUAGUAGGUAGUUAAGACUUUAAUCUAGAGAUGAA